AUGCAUUUCACCAAGCUUAUCAUCGCAGUCCUCCUGCCCCUCCUCGCCGCCGCCAACGAGCACCACGGCUGCAGGUGCAACACGGGCGACGAAAUAUGCCUCAACCGGGCCUGCAACGGCUACGAUGAAGCCGGUGUCUACUUCAAUAAGCCCAGGGGUCGCGAGGAUACCGUUUUUUCUCAGGUUAAAGAGGGUCAUUGCUACGCCGUCUAUAACAAUGGGCAAGGGUUCUUCACCUUCCACGGCCUCGGCGGCAGAGAGUGGCGGGCGCAGUGCGAGGAGCACUGCGGAGGCGGCUCCACCUGCUUGUAG